UGCCCAUCGAGCCGUGGUGGCCCAACGGCUACGGAGGACACCGUUUGUACACUCUGUCCGUCUCCUUGUCUCUGGGUGACGACACUGCAAAAAUCACGAGGAGCGUAGGGUUUCGCACAGUGGAACUGAUACAGGAGCCGCUCGUCAAUAGUACGGGUGCGACCUUCUUCCUGCGCGUGAACGGACUGCCUCUGUUCGCCAAGGGCAGCACGUGGCUGCCGGCCGACGCAUUCCCGAACCGUGUGACCAGCGAGCGACUCGAGGCCCUGCUGGAUGCCGCCGUAGCGGCACACAUGAACCUCCUGCGCGUCUGGGGCGGCGGCCUGUACGAGUCGGACGCCUUCUACGAGAUGGCCGACCGCAAGGGACUCAUGAUCUGGCAGGAGUUCGCCUUUGCCAGCGCCCUCUAUCCAGCCACCCCGGCGUUCCUCGACUCCGUGUCCAUAGAGGCGCGACAGCAGGUACGCCGUCUUGGUCACCACGCCAGCCUUGUUCUCUGGUGCGGAAACAGCGAGAACGAACUCGGCUUGGCUUACAACUGGUGGAAGCUGCUUACGACGGAACACCGGGAGGACUACGUCAAGCUGUACGUAGAAACGUUGCAGAAGGUCGUCUACGAGGAGGACAUGUCGCGACCUUUCGUGGGUUCGACCCCUUCCAAUGGCUUGCUCUCGGAACUCAGCGGCGGUAUUCAUGACAACCCGAACGACGUGCUCUAUGGCGAUGUGCACUACUUCGACUACUACUCUCCUCCCUGGAGCCUGGACUCUGUGCCGACGCCCCGCUUCUGUUCGAGCUUCGGACUCGUCUCGUUCCCGUCGAUGGAGACGCUGUCCACCGCUCUGGAACCCGGAGACUUGGUGCUGCCCUUCCCGCAAGCGCUCGAGAACAGGAUGCACUUAGCCAAUGCCAGGCUGGAAACGUACAUGUCGGCUGUCUUCACGCUUCCCAAGAAGGAUGGAACCGACCACGCUCUAAGGAUCCUCAUCUUGCUGUCUCAGAUCUACCAGGCGAUGGGCGUCAAGACUCAGUCUGAGCACUACCGCCGGCAGCGGCUCACGGUUCGCCACUCUCAGGGUCUGACUAUGGGAGCCCUCUACUGGCAUCUCAACGACGUCUGGCAGGCACCUUCGUGGUCCUCGAUCGACUACGCGGGCGAAUGGAAGAUGCUUCACUACUUCGCGAAGCGCUUCUUUGCGCCUCUGCUCGUGUCUCCGUACGAAGAAGGCGGCCGCCUGGUUGUCUACGUGCUAGACGACUUGUACCGCGACGAACCCUACGACCUGCUUUUGGAAGUCAAGCUCUACCACUACGCUUCGCUGGAGCCCAAGAGUUCACUCACGCACAACAUCACGGUGUCCAGCUACGCCCACGCUGCAUACGUGGCCAACGUGUCCAGGCUGCUGGCUUCGGCCUCGUGCCACCGCAACAACAGUUUCUUCACGUUCCGCCUGCUCAACGCGACCGACAACGCGACGCUGUCCUCGAACUUCCUGCUCCUGCAAGUGCCUCGCUUCGCCAAGGACAUCGCAUCCGUGACGCUUCAAGUUACCAUCACAGCCGGCGAGCCUGUGCAACGUGAAUCUCCAUUGGCUAAGGAGUCUGGAAACUUGAUUUGGAAAAACACCUCGGUGACAACCGGUAACACCUUGCACAGCGUGUCGUCAACCGUACAGAAGGCCCCAGACAGCAUAGGGUCAACAACAGUUCGCGACCUUCCGUCGACCGCCGAAUUCCCGGAAGGCGCCAACCGGACGUCAAUUCGAGAGCAGUCGGAGAGAGAUACUGCGAACACGACGGAAGAGAAGUCCAACGUCCACGAGAUCGACCUGACCACGGACGGCGUAGCGCUGUUUGUUUGGCUGUCGGCCGGCAAAAUCAGGGGUCGCUUCUCGGACAACGGCUUCGUCAUGACCGAACGCCAGAUCAGCGUGACCUUCACGAGCGGCCUGUCGGUGACCUCCGACCAGCUUCGCUCCAACCUCACGGCCACUUGCCUGAACUGCCUGUCCAAAUACCACUACUCGCCAAUGAUCGAGACGAGAGUGUAG